AUGGAGAUCCUAGAAAAAGUCGUGCCGGGCUGCGGGGCUUCUGCCGAGCUCGUCGCUUGCUCUGAGUACGCCGACGUCGUGCCGGGCUGCGGGGCUUCUGCCGAGCUCGUCGCUUGCUCUGAGUACGCCGACGUCGUGCCGGGCUGUGGGGCUUCUGCCGAGCUCGUCGCUUGCUCUGAGUACGCCGACGUCGUGCCGGGCUGCGGGGCUUCUGCCGAGCUCGUCGCUUGCUCUGAGUACGCCGACGUCGUGCCGGGCUGCGGGGCUUCUGCCGAGCUCGUCGCUUGCUCUGAGUACGCCGACGUCGUGCCGGGCUGCGGGGCUCCUGCCGAGCUCGUCGCUUGCUCUGAGUACGCCGACGUCGUGCCGGGCUGCGGGGCUCCUGCCGAGCUCGUCGCUUGCUCUGAGUACGCCGACGUCGUGCCGGGCUGCGGGGCUUCUGCCGAGCUCGUCGCUUGCUCUGAGUACGCCGACGUCGUGCCGGGCUGCGGGGCUUCUGCCGAGCUCGUCGCUUGCUCUGAGUACGCCGACGUCGUGCCGGGCUGCGGGGCUUCUGCCGAGCUCGUCGCUUGCUCUGAGUACGCCGACGUCGUGCCGGGCUGCGGGGCUCCUGCCGAGCUCGUCGCUUGCUCUGAGUACGCCGACGUCGUGCCGGGCUGCGGGGCUCCUGCCGAGCUCGUCGCUUGCUCUGAGUACGCCGACGUCGUGCCGGGCUGCGGGGCUUCUGCCGAGCUCGUCGCUUGCUCUGAGUACGCCGACGUCGUGCCGGGCUGCGGGGCUUCUGCCGAGCUCGUCGCUUGCUCUGAGUACGCCGACGUCGUGCCGGGCUGCGGGGCUUCUGCCGAGCUCGUCGCUUGCUCUGAGUACGCCGACGUCGUGCCGGGCUGCGGGGCUCCUGCCGAGCUCGUCGCUUGCUCUGAGUACGCCGACGUCGUGCCGGGCUGCGGGGCUCCUGCCGAGCUCGUCGCUUGCUCUGAGUACGCCGACGUCGUGCCGGGCUGCGGGGCUUCUGCCGAGCUCGUCGCUUGCUCUGAGUACGCCGACGUCGUGCCGGGCUGCGGGGCUUCUGCCGAGCUCGUCGCUUGCUCUGAGUACGCCGACGUCGUGCCGGGCUGCGGGGCUUCUGCCGAGCUCGUCGCUUGCUCUGAGUACGCCGACGUCGUGCCGGGCUGCGGGGCUUCUGCCGAGCUCGUCGCUUGCUCUGAGUACGCCGACGUCGUGCCGGGCUGCGGGGCUUCUGCCGAGCUCGUCGCUUGCUCUGAGUACGCCGACGUCGUGCCGGGCUGUGGGGCUUCUGCCGAGCUCGUCGCUUGCUCUGAGUACGCCGACGUCGUGCCGGGCUGCGGGGCUUCUGCCGAGCUCGUCGCUUGCUCUGAGUACGCCGACGUCGUGCCGGGCUGCGGGGCUUCUGCCGAGCUCGUCUCUUGUCCAGUCUCCUUUCCGUCUCCCGCGCUGCUCGUCUCCUCAGAGGUCGGCUCAGCGUGGUCGAGCUUGACUCGUCGAGCGCUGUUGAGGAGAGCUCGAGGUCAAGAUGACGCUGGACUCGGCGUGGUCGAGCUUGACUCGUCGAGCGCUGUUGAGGAGGAGCUCGAGGUCAAGAUGACGCUGGACUCGGUCCCCUCCGAGGAGGUCGAGGCUUCCGCGCUGCUCGUCUCCUCAGAGGUCGGCUCAGGCGUGGUCGAGCUUGACUCGUCGAGCGCUGUUGAGGAGGAGCUCGAGGUCAAGAUGACGCUGGACUCGGUCCCCUCCGAGGAGCGUGGUCGAGCUGGCUCGUCGAGCGCUGUUGAGGAGGAGCUCGAGGUCAAGAUGACGCUGGACUCGGUCCCCUCCGAGGAGGUCGAGGCUUCCGCGCUGCUCGUCUCCUCAGAGGUCGGCUCAGGCGUGGUCGAGCUUGACUCGUCGAGCGCUGUUGAGGAGGAGCUCGAGGUCAAGAUGACGCUGGACUCGGUCCCCUCCGAGGAGGUGGAGGUUUGCUGCGGGGCUUCUGCCGAGCUCGUCUCUUGCUCUGAGUACGCCGACGUCGUGCCGGGCUGCGGGGCUUCUGCCGAGCUCGUCGCUUGCUCUGAGUACGCCGACGUCGUGCCGGGCUGCGGGGCUUCUGCCGAGCUCGUCUCUUGUCCAGUCUCCUUUCCAGCUCCCGCGCUGCUCGUCUCCUCAGAGGUCGGCUCAGGCGUGGUCGAGCUUGACUCGUCGAGCGCUGUUGAGGAGGAGCUCGAGGUCAAGAUGACGCUGGACUCGGUCCCCUCCGAGGAGGUCGAGGCUUCCGCGCUGCUCGUCUCCUCAGAGGUCGGCUCAGGCGUGGUCGAGCUUGACUCGUCGAGCGCUGUUGAGGAGGAGCUCGAGGUCAAGAUGACGCUGGACUCGGUCCCCUCCGAGGAGGUGGAGGUUUGCUGCGGGGCUUCUGCCGAGCUCGGCGCUUGCUCUGGGUACGCCGACGUCGUGCCGGGCUGCGGGGCUUCUGCCGAGCUCGUCUCUUGUCCAGUCUCCUUUCCGUCUCCCGCGCUGCUCGUCUCCUCAGAGGUCGGCUCAGGUGUGGUCGAGCUUGACUCGUCGAGCGCUGUUGAGGAGGAGCUCGAGGUCAAGAUGACGCUGGACUCGGUCCCCUCCGAGGAGGUCGAGGCUUCCGCGCUGCUCGUCUCCUCAGAGGUCGGCUCAGGCGUGGUCGAGCUUGACUCGUCGAGCGCUGUUGAGGAGGAGCUCGAGGUCAAGAUGACGCUGGACUCGGUCCCCUCCGAGGAGGUCGAGGCUUCCGCGCUGCUCGUCUCCUCAGAGGUCGGCUCAGGCGUGGUCGAGCUUGACUCGUCGAGCGCUGUUGAGGAGGAGCUCGAGGUCAAGAUGACGCUGGACUCGGUCCCCUCCGAGGAGGUCGAGGCUUCCGCGCUGCUCGUCUCCUCAGAGGUCGGCUCAGGCGUGGUCGAGCUUGACUCGUCGAGCGCUGUUGAGGAGGAGCUCGAGGUCAAGAUGACGCUGGACUCGGUCCCCUCCGAGGAGGUCGAGGCUUCCGCGCUGCUCGUCUCCUCAGAGGUCGGCUCAGGCGUGGUCGAGCUUGACUCGUCGAGCGCUGUUGAGGAGGAGCUCGAGGUCAAGAUGACGCUGGACUCGGUCCCCUGCGAGGAGGUCGAGGCUUCCGCGCUGCUCGUCUCCUCAGAGGUCGGCUCAGGCGUGGUCGAGCUUGACUCGUCGAGCGCUGUUGAGGAGGAGCUCGAGGUCAAGAUGACGCUGGACUCGGUCCCCUGCGAGGGGGUUGAGGCAGAUGGUAAAGAAUGUAGAGGAGUUGUAGUAAAUUCUUCGCUUACAUUGGUUGCCGGCGAGCUUGAGAUUGAAGACAAAAGUAGGCUUGUUGUGCUUGGGGAGAAUGGUAAUACCAUGGAGGCAAUAGACGUAUCUUGA